UCAACAGCAGAUGUAAAAAUAGAUCAUGAUGCAUGCGAUGGGAAAGGUAGCCUUGGAAACGCCACCGGAAACUUCAAGUCAUCAGAUACAGCUGUGACAAUAUGACUCUUUGCUCCAGUCUCCCAUUAAGUAGCUUCACUACAUGUUAAUUCAGUGUAUUGAACUGUACUUGAGUGAAAUACCCACUACAUUAACUAAUGCUUGAGCUGACAGCCUAGGAGAUAAAACACCACAGAUGUUUGGCUUGUGCCUCACCACGCUCUGCAAAGGUCCAUAUGGUCACAGUAUAGCUUUUGCUGUAAUACUUCGAACAACUGAGAAAUCUGUAUGGGCAAAUGAAUUUGAGUCAAUUGAGUUGACCUGCUUGAUAGAGUCAAUCUCUACAAACAAUCCCAGGAUUGAAUGGAAGAAAAUUAAAAAUGGUGUCCCGAGCUAUGUGUAUUUCCAAAAUAAAAUUUCAGGUGACUUGGAGCACAGAGCAUUGCUUAGAGAGCCCGCAAACCUUCUGAUUCUGAACGCCACCAGAUCAGAUUCGGCACAGUAUCGCUGUGAGGUUGCAGCCAUCGAUGAUCAGAAGCCCUUCGAUGAAAUACUGAUCAGUCUUGCAGUAAGAGUGAAGCCAGUGAUGCCCAGGUGCAUUGUGCCAGAGGCUGUAACAGUGGGUGCCACCACAGAACUACGAUGUACUGAGAAUGAGGGCUUUCCUCAGUCACAGUACCAGUGGUUCCGUAACAGUGAGGAACUACCAGAGGAUCCAAAAACCACAGUCAAGUUCUACAACUCUUCAUACACCAUGAACAUUGAGACUGGUUCGCUCAAAUUUCAGGCAGUGAAUAAAGAGGAUGCAGGGGAAUAUCACUGCCAGGCCAGGAAUGAGGCUGGAUCUUCAAAGUGUAGUCCACAGCCCAUGGAAGUCUAUGAUCUGGACAUUAUGGGGAUAUUCUUGAAGGUGUUAGGUGGAGUGGCAGCAUUUAUUGUUGUCACUGUAUGCAUCUGUCAAAUUCAGAAAAGUGGCUACUGUUCCUGCAAGGAUCAUACGGAAACCAACUACAAAGUACCCCAACAUGACAAUAGGAUGGACUACGCUAGUCCAGAUGAGGGACAUUUUCGCCACAAGUCCUCCUUUGUCAUAUAAAAUCAAAGAUGAGGAAAUGGGUGUUUCAGCUGCAUAAAGGCCUUGUGAGACUUUCGAGCUGUCAAAUUGUGCAUUUUAUGCAGAUGUCUAUGAACUUGAGCUUCUGAGCUUGCCAAAGUUAUCACAAAAACUGAAAACUACUGUAUUACACUGGGAAAUUUUACUUCCCUCAUUUGAAUUUAAACUCACUGACAGGAAUUGAACACAGUUUUACUCAAUACUCACUUUUACUAUUUAUACAUAUUACAUGCAUCUUGUCAAGUGAAAACAAUUACAGGAUACUGUUUUCAUAAAUUACAAUGGACUGCUUUUAAAAACUCACAUAAAACCUUUGUUUUAUGUGAGUUUGUUUUGUUGCAAGGUCUAAAUCACAUCCAGGGGCUGCUGUAUUUUUUUUGCCCAAAAGUAGUCAACACAUAAUACCAGUGCAGGAAAUUAUUAAAGGUAUGUCUACAAGGUAAAUGUAUUUUCCACUGGACCGACUUUGACUAUGUGAAUAGUCCAGUCCAAGCCAGUGUAAAUGUGUACAAUGCCAUGCCAACACUGUUUUAUCUGGGUCACUUUUGACAGGAUUUCAUGUAUAGUGGAUAUUUAGAUCAUGAAUUCUUAAAUUGUAGCAUUUUAGUUAGAGAUUUAAUCAAACAUCUCUGUACAGUCUGUAGACUUGAUUGUGCAAGAUGAUUAUUUAUUUAGUUAUAUUUUUGAAACAAUCCUCUUGAUACAGAUUAUGCACUUGUGUUUUUUUUCAGAGUGCCAUUUCUGUGUUUAAGUGACCUUCAAUAAUUGUUUUAUACGUUUUGGACAUAUUGUCCAGGUUUUUUGACUCUGUUUUUGUUUUAAUCUGUUUUUUAAUAUUUGCAUACGUUGUAGUUCACUUAAGAGUAGUAGCUGGAUAGACUGUGGGCUGUGUCAAAAAAAUAAACAUUUAUCAUAU